AACAAAAAUAACACAAACUACUGAUUUGUGGUCAUGGCUGCAGUUAAUGUUUAUUCCACAAAUGUGACUACAGAUAACCUUAGUCGACAUGAUAUGUUGGCAUGGGUUAAUGAUUGUUUGGCAUCAAACUUUACCAAGAUCGAAGAACUGUGCACUGGUGCAGCAUAUUGUCAGUUUAUGGAUAUGCUUUUCCCAGGUAUUGUUGUCAUGAAGAGGAUCAAGUUCAAAACUAAUCUGGAACAUGAGUACAUUCAGAACUUCAAGAUCCUUCAGGCAGCAUUCAAGAAAAUGUCUGUAGAUAAGAUUGUUCCAAUAGAUAGGCUAAUCAAGGGCAGGUUUCAAGAUAACUUUGAGUUUCUGCAAUGGUUCAAAAAGUUCUUUGAUGCCAACUAUUCGGGUACAGAUUAUGAUGCCUUGGCAGUUCGAGGUGGGGAACAAAUGGGAAGUGGGGGUUUAUCAGCACCUCGUGGGGGUGGUCAUAAUGCAAAACGUGCACCAUCAAUUGUACCAGCUACAGCUGCAGCCACCCGUCCCAUCAGACAAGCUGUACCAAAAAUGAAUCAGACUUCUCGCCCAGUCCCAAACAGAAAUCAAGGGAUUUCCAAUCAGAGAGGAGAUGCUGGCAAAGUGGAGGAACUCAAUACACAGUUGCUGGAUCUGAAACUUACUGUGGAUGGCCUUGAGAAGGAGAGAGAUUUUUGUUUUGGAAAACUAAGAGACAUAGAAGUUAUGUGCCAAGAAAAUGACAAUGAGCAGAACCCAAUUAUCCAAAAGAUUCUGGACAUUUUGUAUGCUACUGAGGAUGCAUUUGCACCCCCUGAAGAUGUUGAUGGAGAUGUUCCACCACCACCACCACCACCAAAUGAAGAAGAAGAGUACUGAUCAGUUUAGGCCCUAAUGUGUACAUGUAAAAAUGUGGUGGCAGUGAAAUGUCUGCAGUGAUUUCGUACAUUGGAUAUACUUAAAAUCUCACUAUGAAAUGUACUAUAAUUCCUGUUUAUUUUCAGCAUGACUUUGAAAUAACUUGCACAUGAGUGGCUUCUUUUCAUAAGUGAUAUGAUUGCAGUCUUAACAGAGCUUACUGCUUUGCCAAGAGCAUAAAUAUGUAAGUUUGUAUGUUUGCCAUUCAGAUAUACUUUUUAAAGGCCGAAUUUGUGCCACAUAAUAACAUUGAAUCGUAUAGCUUAUGAGAUGUGCCGUUUCCACUAUAAAUAUUGAAAGAUAAUAUUUAAAAUGUUGCAGCCUUGCAGGUAGUGAGUACACUUCUUGCAUUGUGUGUUAAAUUUCAGUAGGUAUGGUGCAGUGUCAAUCUUUUUCGUGUCAUGAGACUUCUCUUUGGCAGCAUUUAAAGUUUCAUUUUCCAUUAUUUCAGUUAUGUUUCUUGAGUUAUUAGUCAUUUCAUAUUCAGUAAGAGUUACAACCUCUUGGAUUCCAUAACAGACUUGUACCACUGUACUUUUUCUUUGGAGCUGAAAGUAUUUUAACUUCUGUGGAAUUUUGUCAUGUAAGUAAAAAUGUAACACAUUAAAUGUUGUUUACUUCAUA